AUGUUAUUCACAACGCUCCUUCUCGCCGGCACGGCAUCUGCCUCCUGCCUCCACGGCGUCUUCAAGCGCGAAGAGGGUGAAGUUGAGAUCCCCUUCUUUGGAUACGAGGACACUUUCGGUCCACUCAACUGGGCUUCCCUAGCGGCAGAGAAUGAGGCGUGCAAGACGGGAGCAAACCAGUCGCCCAUCAACAUCGACAGCUCAGUCAGUCUCGCAACCGAGAAGCCCAUCCUAGACAUCCCCCAACAAGCCGUCGAAUUCGAGAACCUUAACACCACCAUCGAAGUCGUCGUAAACGGCACCACCACCUUCGGCGGCUCGCAAUUCCGCCUCGCGCAGUUCCACAUGCACACGCCCAGCGAGCACAGAAUCAACCGCGAGUACUUCCCGCUCGAAGUGCACAUGGUGCAUCAAGGAAUCGCCGACCCUGGCCAAAUCGUCGUCCUCGCACUCAUGUUCGAUCUGAGCACCGAGGCGUCGGAUCCCAUCAUCGCCGGGCUGACGCCGCAUCUUUCUGCCAUCACGGAAGCGGGUACCAAGACGGCCAUCGAAGCGGGUCUCGACUUCGCCAAUGUCGUCGCGCAGCUCCAGACCUCCAACAUCUUCCAGUACACCGGCUCGCUCACCACGCCGCCGUGCUCCGAGGGCGUCAUCUUCCUCGCCAUGGAGACCCCGCUGAAGCUCAGCGUCCCGGACUUCAACGCUAUCAAGAAGGUCGUCAAGUUCAACAGCCGCGUUACGCAGAAUGUGCUGGGGUCUGAGAACAUCAUCGCCGUUGCCGGGCUCUCGGGCGCGUCUGCC